AUGGUUAGCUACAAAGGGGGUUCACGAGAUAAGACUGUGAUCAAUGAGAUAAUGCUAAGAUUCCGGCCGAUAGCUCCAAAACCGGUCGCCGGAGAGUCAGGUUCCUGUGGGGUUCGGUUUGAUGAUAAAAACUGGUUGCUUUGUAAGCCAAGAGCUAAAAGAAAGUACGUUAGGGUUCGAAAGAAUAAUAUCAAGAGAAAGAAAAGAUCGUCAUCAGAUCAUGGAGAGGCUUCAAAGAAUCCUGAAAAGAUUGUUACCUUGCAGUUAUUACCAGACAAAACUGAAGCAAACGGAUCUAUUAACAAUCAAAACAGUGCAGUUAUGGAGGAAAAUCAAGAUCCACCUUCUUUAUUUAACUUGAACUUCAACAACCGUUGGCGGGUUGAUCGUAUGGGAGGUUUCGAAGAACCUGAUUGGACAGUGGUGAUGAGUCAAAAGAGAAGCGUAACGGUGGUGGAGUCUUGGGUGACGGUGGAGUGCGUGGCAGACAGUUGCAUGGAAGGAAGAGAGCUAGGGAGUACGGACGUGGAAAGAAUGAAGAAUCUGGAGGCUGACACGUGUCCAGGGUUUAUAUCAGAUGGUUUGAAUACGGUUUGGUGGGUUAACGGGGCUUACAAGAGGAUGAUGACGGCGGGGGAAGGGAAUGACGACGGGCUGCUGUAA